UUAUAGAAGUUCAUAAAUUUAAGUAACGUUUCUAGUUGCGUUAUGAGUUCUUGGUGGAUUUUAGUCAUAUUAUAUAGAUAUAUUAUUUCAAUACAUAAUUGAGUUAAUACGGUACAGUAAGUAGUCCACAUGGCUAGAUACUGAUAUUGUACACAUGCAUAACUUUAAGUUUCAAUGGAGUCUAGGAAAAUUUGAAAACUCGAGAAACAGUGAAAUGUGACAAUAACUCUAAUGAGUACACUACUGUCCAGUACAGAUUUGUCUGAUGAGAUUGUUCAUGUACAAGAAUGAAAAUAAACCGGGACUAGUAUAUAUACAAUGCAAGAUUAUAAAGGGAUAAACAAGGCAUUUAGAAUUGUUCGAAACACGACUCUACAUUAUCCAUAAACAUAAUUAAUUACAAAUCGUGGUGUCAAAUGUCAAAUAUGAAAUAGCUGGAAUUUUCUUUUAAGAGUGGUUAAACAUGCAAACAUAGAGGACUAACAAUAUACUCAACAAUUUUGAAACAAAAUGCGAUUUCACCUUAAGAAAACGGUAACAUGGACUCUUUCUAUUGUGUGCUGUAUAGUACUAGUUUUGUUUAACUUUUACAAUGGCCCCCUAGCGAUGCCGGGACAUGGAGCUCGGCAAUGGGGUCAAGCGUUUGACUACAUAGAUGUUGUAGACAAACAUUAUUUAAAUAUGAAGCAUUAUGUAACAACGGAUAAGUCUAGAGAAUGGAACCUUACCGCAGCACCUCUUAAGUUUGACGUCUCGCAUUCAAUCAAACCUAAAGUCUUGUGGCCGGAUACUGAUCAGUAUGACAAUGAUAGAAUAGUGAAUCAAUUAAAACUUAAACACAUUUGGAAGAAUAAAACGGAUCCACCUUUAAAAAAGAUUUUGCUUUAUACAGGAUUCGGUGGAUGGCAAGUAAAGAGAGGCCGGCAAACUUUUUUGGAUCAAAAGUGCAAUUUCAACACAUGUGAUUUGAUAGAUCAACGUGGUGCAGCGGACACUGCUGACGCUGUUUUAUUUAAUGCUAGCCCCCAUAGACCGUGGACUAAAAGACCUUUCAGUCAAAUUUGGAUUUUAUUUAUGCUUGAGUCACCUUACCACACACCUGGUUUAAGCGCUUUCAGUGAAGUUUUUAACUGGACUGCUACCUACAGACAUGACUCGGAUAUUGUUGCUCCAUACGAAAAAUUCGUGCCAUAUGACGACAACGUAAAAUAUCUUAUACAAAAUAAGAGUUACGCCGCUGGAAAGACAAAACAAGUGGCAUGGUUUGUAUCUAAUUGUGGUGCUAGAAAUACUCGAAGGGAAUAUGCAAAAGAACUACAAAAAUACAUAUCUGUUGAUAUAUAUGGUCACUGUGGUACGAUACAAUGUCCUAGAAAGAAUAAAAAGUGUUUUGAAAUGCUCAAUACAGACUACAAGUUUUAUCUAUCCUUUGAAAAUUCUAAUUGCAGGGAUUACAUCACUGAAAAGUUUUUCGUCACCGGUCUACAGCAUGACGUCAUACCAAUCGUAAUGGGAGCUGCCCCUGAAGACUAUGCUCGAGCGGCCCCUCCUCAUUCUUUUAUUCAUGUCGACGAUUUCGAAUCCCCAGAACAACUUGCUCAAUACCUACAUAAAUUAGACCAAAAUGAUGAUCUCUACAAUGAAUAUUUCCGUUGGAAAGGCACGGGAUCAUUUGUCAAUACAUUCUUCUGGUGCCGUGUUUGUGCCAUGUUGCACGAUACUUCACGAGAAUCCCAUAGCUACCGUGACUUAGAGAAAUGGUGGCGAGGAGACGGUGUUUGUAUAGGAAAAGACAAUUGGAGAAAGCGACAGCGUACUUCAAAUUUUAUAGUUCAGGACUACUUGGUUUAAAAUAAAAUUCGCGACACUGUUAUUUUUAUGCAGAUUUUAUUUUCAACUAAUUGUGCCCCCUUCAAGGAAGUGGGUUUAUGUUGCUUUGCGUUUGUCUGUCGGUCGGUAGGUUGGUCGGUCGGUCCGUAGACCAUAUGGUUUCCGAUCAAUAAGUAAAAAACGCUUAGGCCUUGGAACUUCAAUCUGUUCAUGACCAGUAGAUGACUUCUAUUGAUUUGGGGUCAAAGGUCGCGGUCACAGUGAUCUUAUAGGUAAAACCGUUUCCGAUAAAUAACUUGACAGCCAAUAGGCUGUUGGCCUUAAAACUUUGUAGGUGCAUUGUUCUUAACAAGUAAAUGACCCUUUUGAUUUUGAGGUUAAGGGGUCAAAGGUCAAGGUCACAUUGACCUUGUAGCAUAAAAACGGAUCUGAUCAAUAACUUAUAUGGGCUGCUUGUCUUCAAACAUCGUAAGUGCAUUGGUCUUGGCCAGUAGAUGACCCCUAUUAAUUUUUGGGUCAAAGGUCAAUGUCAUACUGACCUUGUAUGUAAAACGGUUUCUGAUUACUAACUUGACAACCCAUAGGCCGUUGGUGCUCAAACUGCAUGGAUGCAUUAGUCUUGGCAAGUCGAUGACCUCUAUUGAAUUUGGAGUGAAGGGGUCAACGGUCAUUGUCACGUUGAGUUUGUAGGUAAAAACGGUUUCAGAUCAAUAACUUGGCAACCCAUGGGUUGUAAGCCCUUAAACAUGGUAGGUGCAUUGGUGUUAGCAAGUAAAUGACCCCUAUCGAUUUUCGGGUCAAGGGGUCAAAGGUCAAGGUUACAUUGAGCUUGUAGGUAAAAACGACAAUCGAUCAACAACUUGACAACACAUGGGCCCUUGGCCCUCAAACUGCAUAGGUACAUUGGUCUUGGCCAGUAGAUGAGCCCUAUUGAUUUUAGGGUCAAAGGUCAAGGUCACAUUGUCCUUGUGCUUAAACACAGAUUCCUAUCGAUAACUAAACAACCCAUGGACGCUUGACCUUCAAACCUCACAAAUACAUUGCUGUUGGUCAGAAGAUGACCUAAAUAGAUUAUUGGGGUCAAGGGGUCAGUGGUCAAGAUCACAUUGUCCUUAUAGGUAAAAACAGUUUCUAAUCAAUAUCUCAACAUGGGCCAUUUACCUGCAAACCUCACAGGUGCAUUGGUCUUUGCCAGUAGACAACUGGUAACCCCUAUUGAUUCAAGGGUCAAAGGUGAAAAUAACAUUGAUCUUGUACGUCAAAAAGUUCUCCGACCAAAAACUCAACAACUCAAGUUGCCUAGGUUAAUAUUUUUAUAAAACUAAUAAUGGAUUUGAAGUUAUUUGAAGAUAACCCUUAAUAAUUGAUUUUUAGGUCACCUGGUCAAAAGUCAGUCACAAUUUCCUGGUCACAUGACUAACUGGCAGCCGUUAGGGGGCAUACAUGUUUUACAAACAUAAUUUUUUUGUCUUUUACGGUUUUUUUGACUUUGUGAACGCAUUCAUUUUCUCAUGUUAUCACUAAAGCUUAUAACAUUCCAAAUUAUUGUGAUAUUUGGUUCUGACACUAACGAUUUCUUUAAUAUAACAAACUGAGGCUCGAUGAAAUCUUUGUUGCUUGUAAUUGUCCCC